AUGAAUAAGAAGAAUAUGAAUAAGCAAUUAAAUAGUUUUGGAUCUAAUAAGUUCCAUAAAUACUUACUUUUAGAUACAAAGAGUUGAAUUUAAUAAAGAAUUUGGUAAGCGUUUAAUCUUUUAUUUGUUCCUAGUUAGUUUUUCUAAGAUAAAUUCCCCUUUUUAUUUUGAUAAGAAAAUAUUUAUAGAUCGUUAUUUAUCUUCGAAUUAAAAAACCUUUAAAUUUAGAAUUAGUAAAUGAGAUAAAGAUUAAAGAAAAUUGAUGAAGAAUUAGAAAUGUUAAAUAAAUUUAAUAGUCAUAUUGAUAUUAUUCAAAAUUUAGAAACGACAUUAUAAUUCUUGAAAUUAUAAAAUUCAACUAAUAAAUUAAUCCAUUUUAUGUGGAUUUUUAAUAAUAAUAAAGCAGCUUUUAAAUCAAUAUUUGAAUAUCAAAUAAUAUUUUAUUAAAAAAAGGGAUAAUUUAAUUAAAGAAAAAAAAGAGCCUGAAUAAAAAAUAUCAGAAAGCUAUAAUUCUUUAAAAAAGUCAAAAGAUGUUCAAUAAUCAAUUUUAAUGCAUGAAGGUAAUCCUGAUGCUGGUUAUUACUUUAAAAAUGGUAUACAUAAAGAAAUAUAUCAUUAAUAAUUUAAUUAUAUCUAACUAUAUUGUUUUAAUGAUGCUAAUGUUAAUGAAAUCUCAGAACAAAAUGUACUAAAUUAUGCUUAUGGAGAUAUAAAAAAGUCAAAAAGUGCUUACUUAUUAUAAUAUGUUAAAGAAGAAAAAGUUAAGCAAGGCUAAAAUUUUAUGAUGAAAUUAAAGCAAUUUAGUAAAAGUGAAGACAAUAAUUAUUUAAAUGAUGGCUAUGGAUUAUUACUAUCUUAAAUUUAAAGUGACUUUUAUAUUAAAAUAAUCUAAAGUUAAAGUAAGGAAUUGAAUAAUAGUAAUCAAUUAGACAUAUAGAACCAAUUAUUUCUAAAUAUAAAACAUUUUUGA